AUGGAGGAACAGCACCAGUCAGACCAUGAAGAAGACGGACGUAGCUGGGCAGGGGACUUUGAUCCCUUUGCUGACCCCGAGGAACGUCGGGUUCUUUUUGCCGCAUUUGACUCAUUCAGACAAUAUCGGCGAAAUGCUCAUCAGAACACCACGCAUCGCCGCCGACAGGCUUUCUACGCUUUACCAUCAGAACACUGGCAAAUGCUCUCGGAGCCCCCAUUCUCCAUCUUAGAUCAGUUCAACAAGGUCGAUGAUGCCAUCGAUACCAAUUCCGAGAUCGCAGAUGCGAUCCUUGCUGUUGGAUUAGACUCCUUCGGUCUCUCCGCCAAUCCAGACAAGGACGAUCCAACUCAGUACUGGCACGAGACCGCUACUUCAUCUGAUGUGAACAAAGCUCAUUCUACUAUCCGACAAUUCUAUCGCGACUGGAGUGCCGAAGGACGCGCGGAGCGCAAGGUAUGCUACGAUCCUGUCCUUGAGGAUCUCCGCAAUGAGUUCCAGGCUCGCCGCGACGCGGGCGAGGAAAUCCGGGUGUUAGUUCCUGGAGCCGGACUAGGCCGAUUAGUCUUUGAGGUCUGCUUGGCUGGAUUCGACGCGGAGGGUAACGAGAUCUCGUACCACCAGUUGCUUGCCAGCAGUUGGAUUCUCAAUCACACGAAUGGACCUCAGAUGCACGCGCUUCAUCCCUUUGCGCUACACUUUUCCAACUUGAAGUCUCGCGCACAGCAAUUACGGCGCGUCCUGAUUCCCGAUGUCCACCCGGGCACGGCUAUGGCGCAGGCUGAUCUGUCAGAUGACGCGGGUCGUCCGACGUUUGGGACAAUGUCCAUGACGGCGGCUGAUUUCGUGGUUCUUUAUAACCAGCCAGAUAACCAGGCGGCAUUCGAUGCAGUGGCCACUGUCUUUUUUAUUGAUACGGCUCCCAAUCUAAUUCGCCGGGGGGGACUCUGGAUCAAUGUGGGUCCCUUGUUAUGGCACUUUGAGGAUGGACAUCGUAAGGAGCAUCAUGAUGGAGACGCGACGGGGAUUGGCGAACCGGGUAAUGUGGAGUUGACAGAAGAGGAGGUCUUUGCACUCGUUACGCGGAUGGGGUUCCGAAUUGAGACACUGCCAGGAGAUCGGCAGUUGUGCGGUUAUAUCCAGGAUGAGGAGAGCAUGCUUCAAAACCUGUAUCAGCCGUCACAUUGGGUGGCUCGGAAAGUGGCUGAGGCUGACUGA